AUGUUUUCGGCUCUGAUUUCUAAUCCAUUACCAGGGAAGACAAUUACAAACACAUCCUCAGACAGUGACAUGUACAGAUUCAGCGAAUCAUCUAUCAAACCUCAACACCUGAACGAUGAAGUCUGGUACUAUAUUUUCUGUGAUGGACCUCUCCCUAAGUCCACGGAUAUUUCAUCAUCCCUUUUAGAAAGAAUGAAGUUCGAGUUUGAUUAUUGGUAUCCAUUUGAUUUCCAUUUUUCCGAUAAAGAUCUUAUCCAAAAUCACCUUACCUUUUGCAUUUACAGCCAUACUGCAGUUAUGCCCAAACAUCAAUGGCCUCGUGGGUUUAGAUGCAAUGGCCAGAUAAAUCUCAAUAAUGAGCAAAUGUCCAAGUCCACUGGAUAUUUCAGAACUAUUCGUCAAGCAAUUGAGGAGUUUUCUACUGAUGCUACAUGGUUCACUUUGGAUGAUGCUGGUGAUGACGUCGAUGAUGCAAAUUUUGACUUUGAAAGCAAAUGUCGUGAUUCUCGAUCUCACCAAAGAGCUCGCAUGGUUUAA